AUGAGUGUAAAGCCUGUCGCGUUGGCGACCGCUGGCUCCGCAGGACUGGGAGCUGCUACUGCCAAGCUUUUCGCAAGGAGUGGCUUUCGUGUGGCCGUGAAUUUCAACAACAACGAGGCACGCGCGAACGAUCUAGUGCAGCAACUACGGUCAUCCACAGAAGAUGCAAGAUCCGAUGACUUCAUAGCGCUUCGUGCCGACCUGGCAGACCGCGACGCCAUCUACAAACUGGUGGAUGCUACUGUCGACCACUUUGGGCGCUUGGAUGUUGUCUUCUCAAAUGGCGGUUGGACGACAUACAGGGACAUCACCAACCUGGACGACAAUAUUGUUGAAAAUGAUUGGGACAGGUGUUAUAACAUGAACGUCAAGUCGCAUCUGUUCCUAAUGCAUGCAUCCAAGAGCCAUCUGGACAAGACCUCGGGCUCGUUCAUUGCCACCGCGUCGUUGGCCGGAGUGACUGUGAGCGGGAGCUCACUUGCGUACAGUGUCUCCAAGGCAGCGCAGCUGCACCUCAUCAAGGGUUUGGCGAAAAGUGCCGGUCCCAACAUUCGAGUCAACAGCGUCUCGCCCGGAUUGAUGUUGACCGACUGGGCCAAGACGGUUUUCCCCGAGAAUGUACCCGAAGCGACGCGAGAAAGGACGCCCCUCAAGCGUUUGGUGACGGUCGAGGACGUGGCCGACCAGGUGCUGUGCUUUGUCAGAUCCAAGAGUGUCACUGGUGCCAAUGCUGUGAUUGACAGCGGCCUCUCUCUGUGA